GGUGGGCGGAGCCAAGAUGGCUGAGGAGGCAUUGGAGUCGAAAACUCAAUUGUCUGCAACUGUUGAAUCUCAAAAACCCAGGCAGAAAAAAGUUGUAAUAUGCUCUCUAGUCCCAGACUUUCCUAUUUUGGAGAAGCAGAACUGGUUGAUACAUCUCCACUAUAUCCAGAAGGAUUAUGAAGCAUGCAAGGCCAUUAUCAAAGAACAGCUUCAGGAGACUCAGGGGUUGUGUGAAUAUGCUAUCUAUGUCCAAGCAUUGAUAUUUCGCCUAGAAGGAAAUAUUCAAGAAUCCCUAGAACUCUUUCAGACCUGUGCUAUUCUUAACCCUCAGUGUGCUGAUAACCUCAAGCAAGUGGCCAGAUCUUUAUUUCUUUUGGGAAAACAUAAAGCUGCCACUGAAGUAUAUAAUGAAGCAGCUAAACUUAACCAGAAAGAUUGGGAAAUCUGCCAUAACCUAGGAGUUUGCUACAUUUAUCUGAAGCAGUUCAACAAGGCACAAGACCAGCUGCACAAUGCCCUUCAACUUAACAGACAUGAUCUGACUUAUACAAUGCUGGGGAAGAUUCACUUGCUGGAGGGAGACUUGGACAAAGCCAUAGAAAUCUACAAGAAAGCCGUGGAGUUCUCACCAGAAAACACAGAACUUCUUACAACUUUAGGGUUGCUGUACUUACAGCUCGGUGUUUACCAGAAGGCAUUUGAACAUCUUGGAAAUGCACUGACUUAUGACCCUACCAACUACAAGGCCAUCUUGGCAGCAGGCAGCAUGAUGCAGACCCAUGGGGACUUUGAUGUUGCUCUCACGAAAUACAGAGUUGUAGCUUGUGCUGUUCCAGAAAGUCCUCCACUCUGGAAUAAUAUUGGAAUGUGUUUCUUUGGCAAGAAGAAAUAUGUGGCAGCUAUCAGCUGCCUGAAAAGAGCCAACUACUUGGCACCCUUUGAUUGGAAGAUCCUGUAUAAUUUGGGCCUUGUCCAUUUGACCAUGCAGCAGUAUGCAUCAGCUUUCCAUUUCCUCAGUGCAGCCAUCAACUUCCAGCCAAAGAUGGGGGAGCUCUACAUGCUCUUGGCUGUGGCUCUGACCAAUCUGGAAGAUGUAGAGAAUGCCAAGAGAGCCUACGCAGAAGCAGUUCGCCUGGAUAAGUGUAACCCUUUAGUAAACCUGAACUAUGCUGUGCUGCUGUACAACCAGGGUGAGAAGAGGGAUGCCCUGGCACAGUAUCAGGAGAUGGAAAAGAAAGUCAACUUUCUCAAGGAUAAUAGCUCUCUGGAAUUUGACCCUGAGAUGGUAGAGAUGGCUCAGAAGCUGGGAGCUGCUCUCCAGGUUGGGGAGGCACUGGUCUGGACUAAACCUAUUAAAGAUCCCAAAUCAAAGCACCGAAUCAGUUCAACUGGAAAACCUGCUGGUUUCCAGCAACCCCUGGGCUCUAAUCAAGCUCUUGGACAGGCAAUGUCUUCAGCAGUUGCAUAUAGGAAGCUCCCUGCAGGUGCUGGAGGAACAUCCCAGCUCACAAAGCCACCAUCUCUUCCUCUGGAACCAGAACCCACUGUGGAAGCAUCAGAGCAAACGAGAGAAAAAUAAGAACAGGAUGACCCUGAAGUAGGGGUUUCUGAAGGAAUGUUAUAGGAUCAGGCAGCAUGGAGUCCAACACUUUUCCCUGUGAGCACCAAAGAAUUAGAACACAGGGUGUGUUAUGAUGUUCACGAGGAGCCUAAGGCCUGUGCAGCCCUUUAUUGGCCCCAUCCACCAGGAAAUGGGGAGAAGACAGCCUAGCAGAUUAAGAUUUGGAGCAAGGCAUAGGCUGUGUAACUCAAGAGCUGGCAAGGCACAUGAGCUGUUUGCUGUUUGAAAGAACUUUUAUCUCCUGGUUGAUUCUCCACUUCUUUAAUUCAAGGAAAGGCUGAGAGGUCUCUGUGUAGUAGCUGUGAUAAUGAAGCCAUGGCUUAACUGGGAUGAUCUUCAGGCUGUGGGGUAAUCUGACUCCAAGGCAAACAUAAAUCUUGGAUUAAUAAUACAGUUUUCAUAGUCUGAAAGAAAUGAUGAAAAAAAAAAAUGCUCUGUAAGUUGAGGGCCAGACUGCUAAGUAUCCAGUUGCAUUUGCCCAAAGGGAGUCUAAAUAAGUCCCUAUAUUUGGUUCUUGCAGGAGGUCAGAGUCUAGAGCCAGAUCAUGUCAGAACUAUGAGCCAAGAGCUGGUCGGGUAUCAGCACCAAGGAUUUUUUAAAAAGGGAAACACUUCUUAGCUGAGGAAUUUUAAUGUAAUCAAAUCAAUGAUAAUAACCACCAGAGCUAUCAAUAUAUUAUUUAUAUAUCCUUUUUAAAAGAUUAUGUAUCAUUAUUCCUUUGGGGAAAGUUGUUAUUCAGGUAUAAAAAUAGAGAUCACAUUAAAAUGCUUAAAAGACUGUGAUCGCUGUCCUCCCUUACCUGUUUCCAAGCCUAAUUUGAAACUACAGGAAGAACUUACUUACAGCCUCAGUAGCAGCCCUGCCCUAAUAAAGAGGAGGCCACCAAUUUGCUUACUGAGAGCUAGUCCCCACUUUUCACUUCAGUUGCCUUUUACUUACCAUAAGUAGAAGGUAGAAAACUGAUCUACUACCAAACCAAACUGUGUUUGGAGUUCUUUAUUUUAUGACUGGAGCUGAUCUGACAUUGAAGGAGCUGCUGAGUAGUUCUCCAUAUCUCAGAAACAGAGCAAGGUAUCAGAAGUGAAACCCUUGUCUGAGUAGCAGGUAUGUGACAGAACUGGGCAUCCUGAGCAGUUGAGAAAACUCACUUCUACAUUAGCAAGGAGGCUAAUGUACUAGACUGAAUUGGUCUAGUUAUGAAACUGAAAAGGUUAUUAUAGAGGUCUCAGUGAGAUGAGGGUAUAAACAGACAGGAGGAAGGAGACAUGAGAAAUUCAGGAGCUAAAAUCAACAGAAAUUAGGGAUUGACUGAAUGUGGUUGUAGAAUGGGUACCCAUUUCUGGAUUUAGAGUAAAGUAAUACUGGGGAAGUAGGAUUGAGGGCUGAUUGUGGAGUCUACUUUUAGACAUGUCAACCUUCGAGACUUCCAAAUAGUGAUAUCACUAAGAAAGCUGAAUAGCUGGAUUGCAGGAGUGAAACUGGUUUGAAGGUAAAGAUUCAGGAGUAAUUUGAAUUUGACUGAUAGCUAAAAAUCAUAGAUUUGAAAGGAGUCUCCCAAGGAAAGCUGGGAUUAAGGAGACAGAGAACCAAUGAAGAAAAAUAUUUAAAGGGAAAAGUAGAAGAGCCCUACAGUAGAGAGAAAAAGAAAAACAAAUAAAAAACGAGAAAAACCAGGAGAGUGGUAUUACAGAAGGUCAAGGAACAAAAGGUUCAGGAAGAGAUUGGUCAGUCUUUGGAAUGUUAUUCCCAUUUUAUAAAGGAGGAAAUAGGUUGGGAGAGGCAAAUGAAUUUCCCAAGGUAAGUGGCAAGACCAGGAUUUGAACUCAGAUCUGGAUGCUUUUAACCAGUAGUCAUUAAGCAGUGGUGUUCCUUGGGUGAUGUAGUGGUAGCAACAGAAGCCCACAGGCUUAGAGACUCAGAAAUGGGAUUAGAUUACUCUUAUUUCAGAAAGCUUCAAAGUAAAAGGAGAGAGAGGUUUUCAGAAGGCAAAACUGAAUUUGUUACUCUGAUCUGAAGGACUUUUAAUAUUUGCGUUUCUGUAAGUGAAGCAUGAGUACGAACUAGGAGAAUACCAGAGCAGGACCAUUGAGGGUUUCCUUUGGGGUAAGGUGGCUACCGUGCAUCCCGUCCACCGCAGUCAGGUCAGCAGUACUUUCCACAUUGACUUGGGCUUAGAUUUUCUUAAAAGUUAAAUACUCUUAGGUUAUACCUGUUAAGACUUUUGGGAUGUAGAUUUGCAUUAUAGUGGGAAAAAAACUAUUCUAAUUUCUAGUGUGGGGAUUGCUUAUCACAAUUUUAAUAAAAUUAGGAAACUGAGACCAAAUACAUAAUCAAAGAUACAGAUGUGGUUUUUGAUGAUGUGAAGUAGAUGCAGGAAGAUACAAGUAUAAACUAGCAUGAUAAAAACAGUGCUCUUACUGCAUAAUAUUAGUACAAAACUCUGUUCCCAGUAGUAAAACUGAGGCAUACAAUUAAAAGAGUCACUUUGUUAAAAAAAAAAAAAAAGUCUAUUAUUGUUUGAUAAUAGCAGAGUAGC